AUGGCUGCUACUACUUCAGCCACGGUUACAGAACCUCCUGGAUUAGAGAUUCAACGCAAAGAAAUCGAGUCUCUGCUUCAGGAACAUGAACUCCGUGCAGGGGAUACUUGGUGAGACUCUUACCGCCCUCUGCUCUGAACUGACACCCACACUGAGUGAUGUAGCUACUGUAGAUAGCUACCACGACAACAACAAAUGAUAGCGAUGAGUCCAUGACUGUAUUUGCUGUUGCUUACAUGACAGAUAUCAUAAUCAGCAUAAUCUACCAUUAUCUUUAGAUAAGGGCAAUUUUUUCUUGGCAAAUUCAAUGAAUAAACAUUGGUUAGAGUGUUGAAUCCUCUUGCCUAGGAUCUCAGCGCUGGUGUUUGGCGAAUGAUGUUUGAUCACUGCGUUAGUAUUUUAGGGAGAGCAUGCUGUGGAAAAGCUUACAUUUUGAUAUUAAUAUGACGAUUAACAUCAUGUCCCAGUUGGGAAAGAUCAUGUCAAAGUUUUGGCUUUAACAACCAAGAAAACGUUAACUAACUAGCUACACUGACAGCAGGCUAGCCCGCCUGUGUUAACUAGCUGUUAACUGCUAGCUAGCUACAGGACAGGAACAGCUAGCUAGUAACUUGCAAUCUUUUCGGUUUAGUUUAAGAUUUUUGGUGUUCUGUUUGUUUUCCAAAGUUUGCAUUUAUUGUGUGUUGUCCUAUUAGUGAGCGCCAUCUAAAUUAGCUAGCUAACUGCAUAGCUAGCUAGUGUUAGCUCGAUAAACCCAAUUAGCUAGCUGGCUGCUGCUUUCGGUUUUACCAGCAAAGUUUCGUUUUAUCAGUAUCACACCCAGAUUAGGAAAUUAUAGUUGCAAAAAUUGUGGUUAUAAAGUUCAGGAUAUUUAUUGAAGUGUGAAUGAAUGAAACGCCAUUUAAGUACUGUUUUGUCCUAACAAACUCAAUUAAAAAGGAAACCAGACAAUUGGCUAUAAUUUGCCAAAGCCGAGCUGCCCAAAUAAAAUAUCCAUUGCUGCAAUUGUGGUUAUGCCAUUUUUAUUUUAUUUUUUAUUUAACCUUUAUUUAACCAGGUAAGCCAGUUCAGAACAAGUUCUCAUUUACAACUGCGACCUGGCAUUAUAGUAUUGUAUCAGUAAAUACACCUAAUACACCCCAAUCAGAUAGAACGUUAGUGAUGAAAAACUAGCUUAGGGGAAUGUGAUGUUGGUUAAUGUAGGCAGGCAAAAUAUAAGCCUCCCCAAUUGAGUUGUUCUUAUAACUAACACAUGCAGGUACCUGGUGGAGAGGCGAUGGUAUGAGCAGUGGAAGGAGUAUGUGGAGACAGGAGACCAGAACUCCUCUUCUUUCCCUGGACAGAUCGACAACACAGAGCUGUUUGAGGGUAAGUGUCACAUCACAAGGAUAUCCUGUAACAACAGAAGACCCAUUAUUCUAUGUUUGGUUCAUUUACUUCUACCCCAAAUAUGCUGUUGUUGUGUCAACAUGAAAAGGCUAAGCUGUCUAAUGAUGAUUAUGAAACCCACAGAACUGGAUUCCUACCAUCUGAAGGAGCGUCUGGUGGAGAAUGAGGACUUUGUGUUGAUCCCUGCCGACGCAUGGCACAAUCUGCUGGCCUGGUAUGGCAUGGUCGAUGAUCAGCCUGCCCUGGAGCGGAAGGUAAAACAGUGGUCACAGAGAUGCAGAGAAAACCUGCAUACCCUGUGGUCAUGUUACAUAGACUGGCUGCCUGAUAACUAGCGCUGGGUAUUGCCAGGGACCUUAUGUAUGAUAUUAUCACAAUACUUAGGUGCAGAUACGAUAUAUAUUUUGAUUCUCGCGGUUAUAUAUGUUUUGCGAUUCAAUACUAUGAUUUUAUUGUGAUUCCAUGGUCCAAACAUAUUGCUCACCAUAUGUCAGUUUUGAUCAGUGAUUGAAAUAAAAGCGAUGAAAACAAAUUGGCUCCCUAUUUAAAAAGAUGGAGAACAAGAUAUAAAUAAAAUAUCCUGGAGUGUUUGUGCAGGUCCAGCCAACUAGCGCAAAAAGAAUGUUGCGAUAUGUAACUUUUUAGAUUUCUUCCCCCAUCACUACUGACAAUUUCAUGAAAAUUAUGCACGCGCAUCGAUGGGGCAGAAGGCUAUGCGUUGUUAUGAUUCUGAACAGUCAGAUAGCAAGAAACAAUGACCAGAAGCUUCCAUUUGGGGAAUUCUAGGUGGCUUGUUUCAGCUAGUUGUAUCUUGUUCUUAAUACCAUGUCUUGUUUUCAGGUGUUUUGACUUAGUUCAUGUCUAUGCUAAUAGGGCAAAAAUUAUUUAGCUAGCUAACCAACAACUGUAACAAUGUAUUUGAGACAAGUGCUUAUUGUGAAAAUCUAUUUGUUGUCAAAAAUCCAUUGGAGUUGACAGUUGUUUUGCCCCCGAAGUUGGUCACACAUCCUAUUGGUUUCAAAAUAACCCACCCGUCUAUCAAGGAACUGACUGUACAUCCACAUCUGUCUACAAACUACUAUGUGAUCGUGGACCUGACUACGGUAGUUUUAUGUCCUACAGACCGUCAUUCAAAGGACAAUGUUGUGUCUAUGAAAAGACACAACUGCCAUUGAAGUGUUUCAUUUGUAUUUGGCAAUUCAUUGUCUGUGAUUGCUUGGUCUAUUUCAGGUGGUGGAUCUACCCAGCACAGUCAAGGUUGAGGUCUAUCCUGUGGAAAUCUUCCUGUGUCUCCAUAGCAACAUGGAAAAUGUUGUGACGGCACAGUUUAGCCGUGCAGAUCACAUCCGUAAGUAGAAACACAUCCAAAAGGUGCAUUAGUAGCUUUGAUAGGUCGGUGUGCAAGCUAUGCAUCUCUAUAUAAACUCAGCAAAAAAAGAAACGUCCCUUUUUCAGGACCCUGUCUUUCAAAGAUAAUUUUUAAAAAUCCAAUAACGUCACAGAUCUUCAUUGUAAAGGGUUUAAACACUGUUUCCCGUGCUUGUUCAAUGAACCAUAAACAAUUAAUGAACAUGCACCUGUGGAACGGUCGUUAAGACACGAACAGCUUACAGACGGUAGGCAAUUAAGGUCACAGUUAUGAAAACAGGUACAGGAUGGCAACAACAACCGCCCGAGUUACACCAGGAACGCACAAUCCCUCCAUUAGUGCUCAGACUGUCCGCAAUAGGCUGAGAGAGGCUGGACUGAGGGCUGGUAGGCCUGUUGUAAGGCAGGUCCUCACCAGACAUCACCGGCAACAACGUCACCUAUGGGCACAAACCUAACGUCGCUGGACCAGACAGGACUGGCAAAAAGUGCUCUUCACUGACGAGUCGUGGUUUUGUCUCACCAGGGGUGAUGGUCGGAUUCGCGUUUAUCAUCGAAGGAAUGAGCCUGUACUCUGGAGCGGGAUCGAUUUGGAGGUGGAUGGUCCGUCAUGGUCUGGGGCGGUGUGUCACAGCAUCAUCGGACUGAGCUUGUUGUCAUUGCAGGCAAUCUCAACGCUGUACGUUACAGGGAAGACAUCCUCCUCCCUCAUGUGGUACCCUUCCUGCAGGCUCAUCCUGACAUGACCCUCCAGCAUGACAAUGCCACCAGCCAUACUGCUCGUUCUGUGCGUGAUUUCCUGCAAGACAGGAAUGUCAGUGUUCUGCCAUGUCCAGCGACGAGCCCGGAUCUCAAUUCCAUUGAGCACGUCUGGGACCUGUUGGAUCGGAGGGUUAGGGCUAGGGCCAUUCCCCCCAGAAAUGUCCGGGAACUUACAGGUGCCUUGAUGGAAGAGUGGGGUAACAUUUCACAUCAAGAACUGGCAAAUCUGGUGCAGUCCAUGAGGAGACGUACUGCAGUACUUAAUGCAGCUGUUACUUUUGAUUUUGCCCCCCCCCCUUUGUUCAGGGACACAUUAUUCAAUUUCUGUUAGUCACAUGUCUGUGGAACUUGUUCAGUGUAUGUCUGUUGUUGAAUCUUAUGUUCAUACAAAUAUUUACACAUGUUUGCUGAAAAUAAACGCAGUUGACAGUGAGAGGACGUUUCUUUUUUUGCUGAGUUUAUGUGCGUUUGUUAAUUGUUUUCCUCUUCAGAUACGAUUCAGAAGGUGAUGAUGAAGCAGUUUGAGGUGGUCGAGGGAACAGAGACCCGGCUGUGGAUGAAGAGCUCAGACACCUGCUGUGAGAGGCUGCGGAACGUUCACGUCAGUGUCCUCGACUCCUGCCUCAGCUCUGGCAUGGUAUGUCUGUUAUGUCUGCUCCCCUCUCUCUGACCCUCAUCCCACCCUACUCCACAUCUACCUGCUUGCAUCCCUCUGUUGCUUCCUGCGAUACAGUGAUAGUGUGUUUAAAUGGCAGCUGUGUUGUAACCUGUCCUGUCUGCAUUGCAGACAAUGAUCAUGGAGAUGAGGAAUGCAGAUGGUACCUGGCCCAGCUCCAGACCGCAGAUCAUGUGAGGGUUCCUUUUAUUUAUUUUGUAUUUAUUUUUAAAUAUAUUAUCAGUGUGUAGAGAAUGUACUGUCCACCACAAUUAGUGUUGCUAAUGUAGUGUAAUGUUUUGUGGUAAAAGUGAUUCCCAUAUGUGUGACAAAAAAAGUGUAUCUGUACUAAGGAGAGUACUGUACAGUACCUUUUGUGUUAUUGUACUGUUCGGUAGGUGAUUUUAUAUUUCUCCUUCCAUGUCUUGUAGUAGGAACUCUGUGGAGGAACAGGACUUUUACCGGGGCCAGCCAGGAGUCUGUGGCCUCACCAACCUAGGAAACACAUGUUUCAUGAACUCGGCACUGCAGGUACAGUGUUGUGAAAAAGUAUUUGCCCCCUUUCUAAUUUUCUCUACUUUUGCAUAUUUCUGAUACUGAAUGUUAUCAGAUCUUCAACCAAAACCUAAUAUUAGAUAAAGGGAACCUGAGUGAACAAAUAACACAACAAUUACAUACUUAUUAGAUUUAUUUCAUAAACAAAGUUAUGCAACACCCAAUGCCGCUGUGUGAAAAAGUAACAACAAUAAUUGGUUGUGCUACCUUUAGCUGCAAUGACACCAACCAAACGGUUCCUGUAGUUUUGUCCCACUCUUCCAUGCAGAAAAAAUAUAAACGCAACAUGUAAAGUGUUGGUCACAUGUUUCAUGAGCUUAAAUACAAGAUCACAUAAAUGUUACAUAUGCACAAAAAGCUUAUUUCUCUCAAUUUGUGCACACAUUUGUUUGCAUCCCUGUUAGUGAGCAUAUCUACUUUGCCAAGAUAAUCCAUCCACUUGAUAGGUGUGGCAUAUCAAGAAGCUGAUUAAACAGCAUGAUCAUUACAUAGGAACACCUUGUGCUGGGGACAAUAAAAGGCCACUCUAAAAUCUGCAGUUUUGUCACACAACACAAAGCCACAGAUGUCUCAAGUUUUGGGGGAGCGUGCAAUUGGCAUGCUGACUGCAGGAAUGUCCACCAGAGCUGUUGCCAGACAAUUUCAUGUUAAUUUCUCUACAAUUAGCCGCCUCCGUCGUUUUAGAGAAUUUGACACAAUCGCAAACCACGUGUAUGGCGUUGUGUGGGCGAGCGGUUUGCUGAUGUCAAUGUUGUGAACAGAGUGCAGGCAUAAGCUACGAUCAAUGAACACAACUUAAUUUUAUCGAUGGCAAUUUGAAUGCACAGAGAUACCAUGAUGAGAUCCUGAGGCCCAUUGUCAUGCCAUUCAUCCGCCGCCAUCCCCUCAUGUUUCAGCAUGAGAAUGCACGGCCCCAUGUCGCAAGGAUCAGUACACAGUUCCAGUUCUUCCAUGGCCUGCAUACUCACCAGACAUGUCACCAAUUGAGCAUGUUUGGGAUUGUUAGGUUCUAAACAAACAGAGGAAAAACUCAAUGACUAGGAAAAACUCAAACCAAGUUUAUUCCCCCACUGUGUCAAACAGCUGCAAAGAUAAAGACACAAGCACAUACAGUGCGUUCGGAAAGUAUUCAGAACACUUAACUAUUUCCACAUAUUGUUACGUUACAGCCUUAUUCUAAAAUUGAUUAAAAAAAAUAUAUAUAUAAUAAUCCUCAGCAAUCUACACACAAUACCCCAUAAUGACAAACCAAAAACUGAAAAAUGACAUUUACAUAAGUAUUCAGACCCUUUACUCAGUACUUUGUUGAAGCACCUUUGGCGGUGAUAACAGCCUCAAUUCUUCUUGGGUAUGACGUUACAAGCUUGGCACACCUGUAUUUGGGGAGUUUCUCCCAUUCUUGUCUGCAGAUCCUCUCAAACUACAGUUGAAGUCUGAAGUUUACAUACACUUAGGUUGGAGUCAUUAAAACUUGUUUUUCAACCACUCCACAAAUGUCUUGUUAACUAACUAUAGUUUUGGCAAGUUGUUUAGGACAUCUACUUUGAGAAUGACACAUGUUAUUUUUCCAACAAUUGUUUACAGACAGAUUAUUUCACUUAUAAUUCACUGUAUCACAAUUCCAAUGGGUCAGAAGUUUACGUGCACUAAAUUGACUGUGCCUUUAAACAGCUUGGAAAAUUCCAGAAAAUGAUGUCAUGGCAUUAAAGCUUCUGAUAGGCUAAUUGACAUCAUUUGAGUCUAUUGGAGGUGUACCUGUAGAUGUAUUUCAAUGCCUACCUUCAAACUCUGUGCCUCUUUCCUUGACAUCAUGGGAAAAUCAAAAGAAAUCAGCCAAGACCUCAGAAAAAAAAUGUGUAGACCUCCACAAGUCUGGUUCAUCCUUGGGAGCAAUUUCCAGACGCCUGAAGGUACCACGUUCAUCUGUACAAACAAUAGUAUGCAAGUGUAAACACCAUGGGACCACGCAGCCGUCAUACCGCUCAGGAAGGAGACGCGUUCUGUCUCCUUGAGAUGAACGUACUUUGGUGCGAAAAGUGCAAAUCAAUCCCAGACCAACAGCAAAGGACCUUGUGAAGAUGCUGGAGGAAACAGGUACAAAAGUAUCUAUAGCCACAGUAAAACUAGUCCUUUAUCGACAUAACCUGAAAGGCCGCUCAGCAAGGAAGAAGUCACUGCUCCAAAACCGCCAUUAAAAAAGCCAGACUACGGUUUGCAACUGCACAUUAGGACAAAGAUCGUACUUUUUGGAGAAAUGUCCUCUGGCUGAUGAAACAAAAAUAGAACUGUUUGGCCAUAAUGACCAUCGUUAUGUUUGGAGGAGAAAGGAGGUACUUGCAAGCCGACGAACACCAUCCCAACCGUGAAGCACGGGGUGGCAGCAUCAUGCUGUGGGGGUGCUUUGCUGCAGGAGGGACUGGUGCACUUCACAAAAUAGAUGGCAUCAUGAGGAUGGAAAAUUAUGUGGAUAUAUUGAAGCAACAUCUCAAGACAUCAGUCAGGAAGUUAAAGCUUGGUCGCAAAUGGGUCUUCCAAAUGGACAAUGACCCCAAGCAUACUUCCAAAGUUGUGGCAAAAUGGCUUAAGGACAACAAAGGCAAGGUAUUACAGUGGCCAUCACAAAGCCCUGACCUCAAUCCUAUAGAAUAUUUGUGGGCAGAACUGAAAAAGUGUGUGCGAGGAAGGAGGCCUACAAACCUGACUCAGUAACACUAGCUCUGUCAGGAGGAAUGGGCAAAAAUUCACCCAACUUAUUGUAGGAAGCUUGUGGAAGGCUACCUGAAACGUUUGACCCAAGUUAAAGAAUUUAAAGGCAAUGCUACCAAAUACUUAUUGAGUGUAUGUAGACUUCUGACCCACUGGGAAUGUGAUGAAAGAAAUAAAUCAUUCUCUCUACUAUUAUUCUGACAUUUCACAUUCUUAUAAUAAAGUGGUGAUCCUAACUGACCUAAAACAGGGAAUCUUUACUGGGAUUAAAUGUCAGGAAUUGUGAAAAACUGAGUUUAAAUGUAUUUGGCUAAGGUGUAUGUAAACUUCUGACUUCAACUGUAUGUCAGGUUAGAUCGGGAGCGUUGCUGCACAGCUAUUUUGAGGUCUCUGUAGAGAUUUUCGAUCGGGUUCAAGUCCGGGCAAUGGCUGGGCCACUCAAGGACAUUCAGAGACUUGUCCCGAAGCCACUCUUGUGUUGUCUUGGCUGUGUGCUUAGGGUUGUUGUUCUGUUGGAAGGUGAACCUUCGCCCCAGUCUGAGGUCCUGAGCGUUCUGGAGCAGGUUUUCGUCAAGGAUCUCUCUGUACUUUGCUCGCUUCAUCUUUCCCUCGAUCCUGACUGGUCUCCCAUUCCCUGCCGCUGAAAAAUAUCCCCACAGCAUGAUGCUGCCACCACCAUGCUUCACCAUAGGGAUGGUGCCAGGUAUCCUCCAGACGUGACGCUUUGCAUUCAGGCAAGAUCUUGUUCAAUCUUGGUUUCAUCAGACCAGAGAGUCUAGUUUCUCAUGGUCUGAGAGUCCUUCAGUUGCCCUUUGGCAAACUCCAAGCGGGCUGUCAUGUGCCUUUUACUGAGAAGUGGCUUCCGUCUGGCCAUAUCAUAAAUCCCUGAUUGGUGGAGUGCUGCAGAGAUGGUUGUCCUUCAGGAAGGUUCUCCCAUCUCCCCAGAGGAACUCUGGAGCUCUGUAAGAGUGACCAUCGUGUUCUUGGUCACCUCCCUGACCAAGGCCCUUCUCCCCUGAUUGCUCAGUUUGGCUGGGCGGCAAGCUCAAGGAAGAGUCUUAGUGGUUCCAGACUUCUUCCUUUUAAGAAUUAUGGAGGCUACUGUGUUCUUGAGGACUUUCAAUGCUACAGACAUUUUUUGGUAUCCUUCCCCAUAUAUGUUCCUCGACACAAUCCUGUCUUGGAGCUCUACAGACAAUUUCUUCGACCUCAUGGCUUGGUCUUUGCUCUGGCAUGCACUGUCAACUCUGGGACCUUAUCGCCUCCCGAGUGGCGCAGUGGUCUAAGGCACUGUAUCGCACCGUAAGCACACAUCCAAGACAACACGAGUGGCUUCGGGACAAUUCUCUGAAUGUCCUUGAGUGGCCCAGCCAUAGUCCGGACUUGAAUCCGAUCAAACAUCUCUGGAGAGACCUCAAAAUAGCUGUGCAGCAACGCUCCCCAUCUAAGCUGACAUAGUUUGCCCCGGGUUCGAUCCCAGGCUGUGUCACAGCCGGCCUUGACCGGGAGACCCGUUAAGGUGCAUAAUUGGCGUAGCGUCGUCCGGGUUAUUGGAGGUUUUGGCCGGCCGGGGUUUCUUUGUCCCAUCGUGCUCUAGUGACUCCUUGUGGCGGGCCGGGUGCAUGCAAGCUGACUUCGAUCGUCAGUUUAACUGUGUUUCCUCCGACACAUUGGUGCGGCUGGCUUCCGGGUUAAGCGAGCAGUGCGUCAAGAAGCAGUGCGGCUUGGCAGGGUCGUAUUUCGGAGGACGCAUGGCUCUUGACCUUCGCCUCUCCCGAGUCCGUAGGGGAGUUGCAGCGAUGAGACAAGAAUGUAACUACCAAUUGGAUAUCAUGAAAUUGGGGAGAAAGGGGUAAAUACAAACAAAUAAAUAAGUAAAUAAACUCUGGGACCUUAUAUAGACCAGUGUGUGCCUUUCCAAAUCAUGUCCAAUCAAUUGAAUUUACCACAGGUGGACUCCAAUCAAUUUGUAGAAAUAUCUCAAGGAUGAUCAAUGGAAACAGGAUGCACCUGAGCUCAAUUUCGAUUGUCAUAGCAAAUGUCUGAAUACUUUAGGUAUUUCUGUUUUUUAUUUGUAAUAAUAAAUAAACAUUUCUAAAAACCAGUUUUCACUUUGUCAUUGUGGGUUAUUGUGUGGAUUGUUGAGGAAAAACAUUUAUUUAAUCAAUUUUAGAAUAAUGCUAUAACGUAACAAAAUGUGGAAAAAGGGAAGGGGUCUGAACACUUUCCGAAUGCACUGUAUAUUUAUACCCUCCUACUAGGCUGAGUCAACUUCUUGCACAUCUAGACUGCCAAAACGUCUCUGUUGCUAGUCAGGAACUUAAAUUGGUUCCUCUCACUGGUGUAGUCAUGGCCCUGCCUCCUGCUAGAACCUCUGUGGGUGUGAAAAUAUAUGUGUAUGGAAUAGGACUGUUCCUUCUCACUUCAUCUCACCUGACCUCGGUCCGAAUUCCUCGCCCCUCCCUAAUCCACGACUGUCCUACUUUAUCAGUGACUGAAACCAGACUGUUGCCCUUUGCCUCCCUCCUUAGGAUCAAUCAAUCAAUCAAAUUAAUUUAUAAAGCCCUUUUUACCUCAGCAGAUGUCACAAAGUGCUAUACAGAAACCCAGCCUAAAACCCCAAACCGCAAGCAAUGCAGAUGUAGAAGCACGGUAGCUAGGUAAAACUACCUAGAAAGGCAGAAACCUAGAGCGGAACCAGGCUCUGAGGGUGGCCAGUCCCCUUCUGGCUGUGCCUGGUGGAGAUUAUAACAGUAUAUGGCCAUUAAGGCCACAUUUUUCUCCAAGAUGUUCAAACGUUCAUAGAUGACCAGCAGGGUCAAAUAAUAAUCAGUGGUUGUAGAGGUUGCAACAGGUCAGUACAUCAGGAGUAAAUGUCACUUGGCUUUUCAUAGCCGGGCAUUUAGAGGUUGAAACAUCAGGUGCAUUAGAGAGAGAGUCUUGGACAAGGUAGCACGUCCGGUGAACAGGUCAGGGUUCCAUAGCCGCAGGCAGAAGAGUGGAAGCUGGAGCAGGAGCAUGACCAGGUGGACUGGGGACAGCAAGGAGUCAUCAGGCCAGGUAGUUCUAAGGCAUGGUCCUAGGGCUCAGGUACUCCAGGAGGAGAGGGAGAGAGAGAGAAUUAGAGGGAGCAUACUUAAAUUCACACAGGACACCGAAUUAGACAGGAGAAUAACACCAGAUAUAACAGACUGACCCUAGCCCCCCGGCACAUAGGAGCCAUGAGAGUUAACAAUACCAUGUAUUGACAGAAUGUAAACUUUCUGCACUCCCCCUUCCUCACUCUGUAACUUUCCAUACACCUAGUUCUUAUCCACCCUCCAUUGACCCCAACAUAAACAUUCCUUAUACAUGUAAAGUAAUCAACAAGUUAUAGUAUGGGAACAUGAAUAAGUGUAUUUCAAGAUAGAAUCCAACAGGAUGCUCUGGAUCGACGUGUACGACAUCAUGUUCCUGUUCCCGCCAAUAUCCAGUAAUUUAGCACAGCCAUUUGAAGAGGAGUGGAACAACAUUCCACAGGCCACAAUCAACAGCCUGAUCAACUCUAUGUGAAGGAGAUGUGUCGCGAUGCAUGAGGCAAAUGUUGGUCACACCAGAUACUGACUGUUUUUCUGAUCCACGCUCCUACCUUUUUUUAAAGGUAUCUGUGACCAACAGAUGCAUAUCUGUAUUCCCAGUCAUGUGAAAUCCAUAGAUUAGGGCCUAAUUUAUUUAUUUAAAUUGACUGAUUUUCCUUAUAUGAACUGUAAUUCAGUUACAUCGUUGAAAUUGUUUCAUGUUGCGUUUAUAUUUUUGUUCAGUGUACUUUAACUCAGCGACAUUUGUUGGUUUUAAAGCAUGAACUGCUCGUUUCAAAUCCUGCCACAACGUCUCAAUUGGGAUUAGGUCUGGACUUUGGCUAGGCCAUUCCAAAACUUCAAAUGUGUUGCUUUUUAGCCAUUUUCAUGUAUACUUGAUUGUGUGUUUUGGAUCAUUGUCUUGCUGCAUGACCAAGCUGUGCUUCAGCUUCAGCUCACAGAUGGAUGGCCUGACAUUCUCCUGUAGAAUUCUCUGAUACAGAGCAUAAUGGGACCCAUGUCGUCCAAAAAGUUAUACUUUUUACUCAUCUGUCCAUAGAACAUUCUUCCUAGAGUCUUGAUGAUCAUCCAGGUGCUUUGUGGCAAACUUGAGUCAACUUUAUGGACGAAAUGGGUCCCAUUUAUGUCUGUUGAAAACCAAAUACUGUAUUCCAUAGUAUUACCUCAUACCAACAGUCAAGCAUGGUGGUGGUAGUGUGAUGGUUUGGGGAUUCUUUGCUGCCUCGGGACCUGGACGACUUGCCUUAAUAGAAGAAACCAUGAAUUCUGCUCUGUAUCAGAGAAUUCUACAGGAGAAUGUUAGGCCAUCCGUCUGUGAGCUGAAGCUGAAGUGCAGCAGGGUCAUGCAGCAAGACCAUGAUCCAAAACACACAAUCAAGUCUACAUGAAAAUGGUUAAAUAGCAACACGUUUUGGUCUAGUCAAAGUCCAGACCUAAUCCCAAUUGAGAUGUUGUGCCAGGACUUGAGGUCCCUCCACAGCGAUGUGAGAGACUGAUCAACAACUACAGGAAGCAUUUGGUUGCAGUCAUUGCAGGUGGCACAAACAGUUAUUCAGUGUAAGGGGGCAAUUACUUUUUCACUCGGGGUGUUGCAUAACAAUUUUAAACUCAGGUUCUCUUUAUCUAAUAGUAGGUUUUGGUUGAAGAUCUGAUAACUUUAGGUAUCAAAAAUAUGCAAAAAAUAGAGAAUCAGAAAGGGGGAAAGUACUUUUUCACAGCACUGUAAGUCAUCAUUACUACAUAAUGUGUCCAUGCUGUACCUAAAUGCAGGGACCUGGACUAGUAUGGACUGUCAUUCAUGACUAUGUUUCUCUCAACUGCUUUGUCCAGUGUCUCAGUAACACCCCUCCACUGACUGAGUAUUUCCUGCGGAGUGCCUAUCUGGAGGAGCUCAACUUCACCAACCCUCUGGGCAUGAAGGGGGAGAUAGCAGAGGCCUACGCUGAUGUUAUCAAACAGAUGUGGUCGGGGAGGCACUACUCUGUAGUUCCCCGGAUCUUCAAGGUAGUUGUCAGUGUGAAGUGUGAAACUCUGUCCACUAUUUUAUAAUGGAUUAAAGAGGCUUGUCAGUCAGUCAUGCUUAAGUAUUGAUGAUGCGUACCUUGAGAUAACAAUGUGUGUUAUUUUUAUUACCAGACCAAGGUUGGCCACUUUGCCUCCCAGUUUCUGGGCUACCAGCAGCAUGACUCCCAGGAACUGCUCUCCUUCCUGCUGGACGGGCUUCAUGAGGAUCUCAACCGGGUAAAGAACAAGGAGUACAUUGAGCUGAGGGAUGCCGAUGGCAGGCCUGACCAGGUAACAACCUGUACUGAAAGAGGACGGGGAGAAGAAUUGUAAAAAAAUACCAUUGCUCUCCAAGCUGUAGUAAACCUAAGGUGCAUUUGCAUUGCAUUUUUCCUCACACUCACCCUUUGACAACUUUCAGGAAGUGGCAGAGGAAGCGUGGCAUAACCACCGGCGACGUAACAACUCCGUGAUUGUUGACACCUUCCACGGGUUGUUCAAGUCCACCCUGGUUUGCCCCGAGUGCCGCAAAGUGUCGGUCACCUUUGACCCCUUCUGCUACCUCAGCGUGCCCCUUCCUGUUAGCAAGGACCGGGUGAUGGAGGUCUUCUUCGUCUCUCUGGACCCUGUGGCCAAACCUGUUCAGGUACAAGAUUAAUCUUCCUAUAGUUGGCCCUACAUCAUGCUUUUUAUAGGUAAUCAUCUGUAUUGAUUUAUUUGUAUUCUCCCACCAGCAUCGCUUGGUUGUACCCAAAGCUGGCAAAGUGUUUGACCUGUGCUCCGCUCUCUCGGAAAUGACCAACGUCCCAGUCAAUCAAGUGAGACAACGUUUUAAAGCCUCUGUGGUAGAGCAUGCUGUUGAAAAGCUAUCGUCAUUCAUCACAUGAAAUAUUGAGGUGAUACUGACCUGUGCCUCUCUUAUAUCAGAUGGUUGUGGCUGAUGUGUUCAACCACCGCUUCUAUAAGAUCUACCAUGCUGAUGAGUCUCUAAGCUGCAUCCUGGACCGGGAUGACAUAUUUGUGUAUGUAAAACCAGCUUUUACCUCCACAUCAAAAACAUACUUUUCCUGUUUGCUUGUUAGCACCAGCAUCUCUCCUGACCCCUGUCUGUGUGUUGCCCUGGCAGGUAUGAGCUGAGCAGAGGCUCUGUGGAGGAGGAGGGGGAUGAGGUGGUGCUGGCUCUGUACCUGAGGGAGCGUUCCCACUACAGGGACUAUGGCUCAGGGAGCAGCAGCUGCGGGACGUCCCUGUUCGGACACCCACUGCUCAUGGCUGUGCCUCGAGGCCAGUGCAGCCGCAACGCCCUCUAUCACCUCUUCCUGCAGCGGCUAGCGUGAGUUACUGACACAGGCCAAACAUCAGCUAAAAUAUUCUAUGUUUUUUGAUGGAAUUUCUUUUUUGAUGGAAUUUCAUUGUGACGACUAGUUGUACUGUGCCUUGUCUGAGAGUGAGGCCUUUCUCUCACAAGAGGGGUGUUCAAAUUGCGGGGGACAUUCUAGGAAUUACUGUUUCCGGUUUUUCGCUGCUGCACACUACGGGCAAAGAUGGAACAAGGAGCUCGUUAUAAAAAUAUUUGCCACAGGUGCAUCAAAAGUAAGUCUCCGGUAAAAUGUCUUCUAAACUAAGCUAGGGCUGUUUUUACGGCCAUUUUUCUAUCGCCUACACUUGAUGCUAGCUAAGCUAACGUUUGCAAAGCUAGGUAGGUAAAUAUUAUAGCUAAAAAAAGAGCUUGCUAAGAUUAUGUAUAUAACAUAUACACAAUCAAAUAAAUAUAUUGUGUUAUUUCAAAACAUUAACAGAAAACAUAAGGCUUUUAUAGCUAUAAUAUAGCUAACGUUAGCUAGCUAAUUAGAAGCUGAUCUUUGCUGGAUGCAUUUACGUUUAGCUCAUCUGAGUUUGUUGCUGUUAGCUAGCACAUGGACAAGCAGUACUGCAGUAGUCAGACUUGACACGAAUUACCGACAUAGUUGGAUCUUUCAUUUAUUUCUGCACUACACAAUACAUUUUUAUGAACAGUAAGCCCUCGAAUGCUAGCUAAAGUUGGCUUGCAAAUCAGCUAAAAUCACGCAGUAUUCAUAUCAUACGCAGUAUUAUGCAUACAAAACCACGCUCACAUUACAGCUAUCUAGAUAUGUGUACAGCUUUUUUGAAGGCGGACAUGCUAGCUAGCUAGCUAUAGUAUGGAUAAGUCCAGCUUGUUCCAGAGCAAUGGUCCAAAGCACUGCAUGUUUUUCACUGAUUGUUUUGCCAGUAGGUGUGGGUCUCAUUGGUCAUAGGCUUUGGCUGCUGCUUCGGUGCGCCCCGGAGGAUGGGUGAAGACUCCCACCUGAACAGGUCUGACAUGUACAGUGCCUUGCAAAAGUAUUCAACCCCCUUGGCGUUUUUCCUAUUUUGUUGCAUAACAACCUGGAAUUUUAAAUGGAUUUUUAUUUGGAUUUCAUGUAAUGGACAUACACAAAAUAGUCCAAAUUGGUGAAGUGAAAUUUAAAAAGUAACUUGUUUAAAAAAAAUCUUAAGUGUUGCGUGCAUAUGUAUUCACUGCCUUUGCUAUGAAGCCCCUAAAUAAGAUCUGGUGCAACCAAUUACCUUCAGAAGUCACAUAAUUAGUUAGAUUGCACACAGGUGGACUUCAUUUAAGUGUCACAUGAUCUGUCACAUGAUCUCAGUGUAUAUAUACACCUGUUCUGAAAGUCCCCAGAGUCUGUAACACCACUAAGCAAGGGGCACACCAAGCAAGCGGCACCAUGAAGACCAAGGAGCUCUCCAAACAGGUCAGGGACAAAGUUCUGGAGAAGUACAGAUCAGGGUUGGGUUAUAAAAAAAUAUCUGAAACUUUGAACAUCCCACGGAGCACAAUUUAAAUCCAUUAUUAAAAAAGGCAAAGUGGGCAUUAAUCAGAGAGGCAAGAAAGAGACCAAAGAUAACCCUGAAGGAGCUGCAAAGCUCCACAGCGGAGAUUGGAGUAUCUGUCCAUAGGAACACUUUAAGCCGUACACUCCACAGAGCUGGGCUUUACGGAAGAGUGGCCAGAAAAAAGCAAUUGCUUAAAGAAAACUAUAAGCAAACCCAUUUGGUGUUCGCCAAAAGGCAUGUGGGACACUCCCCAAACAUAUGGAAGAAGGUACUCUGGUCAGAUGAGACUAAAAUUGAGCUUUUUGGCCAUCAAGGAAUAUGUCUGGCGCAAACUCAACACCUCUCAUCACCUCGAGAAACCAUCCCCACAGUGAAGCAUGGUGGUGGCAGCAUCAUGCUGUGGGGAUGUUUUUCAUCGGCAGGGACUGGGAAACUGAUCAGAAUUGAAGGAAUGAUGGAUGUGCUAAAUACAGGGAAAUUCUUGAGGGAAACCUGUUUCAGUCUUCCAGAGAUUUGAGACUGGGACGGAGGUUCACCUUCCAGCAGGACAAUGACCCUAAGCAUACUGCUAAAGCAAUACUUGAGUGGCCCCGUGUAGCUCAGUUGGUAGAGCAUGGUGCUUGCAACGCCAGGGUUGUGGGUUCGUUUCCCACGGGGGGCCAGUAUGAAAAUGUAUGCACUCACUAACUGUAAGUCACUCUGGAUAAGAACGUCUGCUAAGUGACUAAAAUGUAAAUGUUUAAGGAGAAACAUUUAUAUGUCUUGGAAUGGCCUAGUCAAAGCCCAGACCUCAAUCCAAUUGAGAAUCUGUGGUAUGACUUAAAGAUUGCUGUACACCAGCGAAACCCAUCCAACUUGAAGGAGCUGGCAUGUUGUGUAAAUCAAAUGAUACAAACCCCCCAAAAAUACAUUUUAAUUCCAGGUUGUAAGGCAACAAAAUAGGAAAAUGCCCAGGGGGGUGAGUACUUUCGCAAGCCACUGUAUUCAGGCAGUUUGUGCUGUGUCGCCUUGAAAACAGUCACUAGGGUGUUAUAAUGGAUCCUGCACAUCAGUGGUUUGAUACGAGCAGCCCUGUUGAUGAUACGCUGUAGCUGGUUAAGACCUGUCUUAUUGCACUGAUGUAGGGAGGGAAGCCAUACUUUGGCUCGUAGUCCAGGUGAGUUAUCAGGGUGUGGUAGAUUGUCAGGAGGAUGUCCUUGGAGAGAAAGUCCCUUGCCCUUUUUAGAGUGUGGUGAGGGUGAAUCAAAUUAUUUCUUCAACAUCUUGCUAGCUAGUUGUAGCCAAAGGACUUUCUAUAAUUUGAAAGCUAGCUAGCAACAAAGUGAAGCUAUCUGCAUAGUCACAUUGCUAGCUAGCAACAUGACAUUUCUAUAUUCUAGAGGCAGUGGAAACGCAAUUUGGGUUGACUUCAAAGUGCGAGGCUUUAGAUACAGCUGUUUUUUCUCUCGAUUUCAAACAAAGACGUAUGCUACAACAGGACUUGCUCUUGGUUUGCGCCAUUUCUAUAGAAAAAAAUAUACCGGAUAUAGGAUUUUCCCAAAAACAGAUGUCCCGCUCCGAAAACGAGAGAAAGGCCUAUUGUGUGGUGAUGUUUUCACAGACGGUAUGUCCGGCCACCAGAUCCCUCAGAGGAGGAGGAGGGUGAAGAUGACGAGGAACUUUACAAGACCCAGACCAAUGGUGUCAGCGAUGGUAAUCUGAUCUCCGUUAGCAAAUUGUUGAUACACUGGGCAGAAUUGAUUUCUACAAACUAGUGUCUCCACUCUAGAAUGUUGUCUGUCUCCACAGAUGACGGUGAGGAUGACUGUGAGAGGCCGGCACCCUUUAAGAGAGAUGACCGUUGUGAUGGUGGCCAAUGGGAUGACCAAGCGGACGGCCCUGCUGUGACCCAGACUCAGCCAGAGCAGACACAAACCCAGGAGUCUGGAGAACAGGCUCAGGCUGAGGAGGGGGCCAGUAGUGAAGUAAGGGCAGGGUGCAGCACAGAGGACAGCGCCUCGGCAUCCUGCAGUGCUGGAGCCAGUGCUGGAGCCAGUGCUGGAGCCAGUGCUGGAGCCAGUGCUGGAGCCAGUGCUGGAGCCAGUGCUGGAGCCAGUGCUGGAGCCAGUGCUGGAGCCAGUGCUGGAGCCAGUGCUGGAGCCAGUGCUGGAGCCAGUGCUACAGUUCCAACAGAUCGCCAGCAGGAUGCAGGCCUUCAGCAGCAGCAGCCGUGUGAGACUGAGGAGGAGGAGGAGGAGGAGGAGAAGGGUGAGUGCCCCCCCAGCCCCCCGCAGACCAACGAGAGGCAGGCCAAGAGGAAGGGCUGCCAGGCCAGACGCAGGAAGCUGCUCUUCUCCAUCCAGGCGGUCAACUCCAAUGGCACUACGGAGAGAUGCAUGGGAGAGGACGGCAGUGCCUUCUCUUUUAGCUGUGAGUCUCAGACACCACAUCACAUUCACACUGACGACUGUUUUGUCACUGAAGUAGCUAGGCUCAUAUUCUCUUCAUAUGUUUUAGAGCCCAGUAGCUGUAUGUGACACAGAUGGUUUAGCAUCCACAUGUGAGUAUUUUAUUUAAUAUUACUGUGUCCCUUUCACAGCUCAACCAUAUGUGGCCAUUGACUGGGAUCCUGACAUAAAGAAGAAAUGCUACAACGAGAAUGAGGCAGAGGUAUGUGUGAAUCACGCUUUACAUUAAUAAAGCUUAAGUAAAGUAUUUAAGUUUUAAAGUGUGUUUGGGCCAGUGGCGUGAACAUGGCCUGGUUGCUGGUCAUUUAGCCAACUCCUGACAUCUUUCCAUCCACAGAAGUAUGUAAAACACCAAAGCAUGGAGGUCCCUCACCAGCAGACCACAGUGCAGCUGCAGGAGUGUAUUGAGCUCUUCACCACUGUGGAGAUCCUGGAGGAAGAAAACCCCUGGUACGGCUGCCCCACACCUGGCAUUUCAUUCUAUGUAUCUAGCAAGUAUUAUGCUGAAUAUAGUUAAUGGUCCAAUGCAGCCGUUUCUAUCUCAAUAUCAAAUCAUUUCUGGGUAACAAUUAAGUACCUAACUGUGAUUGUUUUCAAUUAAAAAAGAAACAAAAAUAGCUUCUUAGCAAAGAGCAAUUUCUCAAGCAAGAAUUUAGCUAGGACUGUCUGGGAGUGUUCUGAGUAGGGAGGGGAAAACUGAAGUCUUAACUAUACUGAACAAAAAUACAACAUGCAACAUUUUCAAAGAUUCUACUGAGUUACAGUUCAUAUAAGGAAAUCAGUCAGUUGAAAUAAAUUCAUUAGGCCCUAAUCUAUGGAUUUCACAUGACUGGGAAUACAGAUAAGCGUCUGUUGGUCACAGAUACCUUUAAAAAAAAGGUAGGGGCGUGGAUCAGAAAACCAGUCAGUAUCUGGUAUGACCACCAUUUGCCUCAUGCAGCGCGACACAUCUCCUUCACAUAGAGUUGAUCAGGCUGUUGAUUGUGGCCUGUGGAAUGUUGUCUCACUCCUCUUCAUUGGCUGUGCAAAGUUGCUGGAUAUUGGCGGGAAUUGGAACAUGCUGUCAUACACAUCAAUAUUUGCAGUGUUGACCCUUCUUUUUCAAGACCUCUGCAAUCCGUCCUGACAUGCUGUCAAUUAACUUCUGGGCCACAUCCUGACUGAUGGCAGCCCAUUCUUGCUUAAUCAAUGCUUUUUUUGUCAGAAUUUGUGGGUUUGUGUUUGUCCACCCGCCUCGAGGAUUGACCACAAAGGGGAUUCAUCAGAGAAAAUGACUUUACCCCAGUCCUCAGCAGUCCAAUCCCUGUACCUUUUGCAGAAUAUCAGUCUAUCCCUGAUGUUUUUCCUGGAGAGAAGUGUCUUCCUCGCUGCCCUUCUUGACACCAGGCCAUCCUCCAAAAGUGUUUGCCUCACUGUGCGUGCAGAUGCACUCACACCUGCCUGCUGCCAUUCCUGAGCAAGCUCUGCACUGGUGGUGCCCCGAUCCUGCAGCUGAAUCAACUUUAGAAGACGGUCCUGGCGCUUGCUGGACUUUCUUGGGCGCCCUGAAGCCUUCUUCACAACAAUUGAACCUCUCUCCUUGAAGUUCUUGAUGAUCCGAUAAAUGGUUGAUUUAGGUGCAAUCUUACUAGCAGCAAUAUCCUUGCCUGUGAAGCCCUUUUUGUGCAAAGCAAUGAUGACGGCACGUGUUUCCUUGCAGGUAUCCAUGGUUAACAGAGGAAGAACAAUGAUUUCAAGCACCACCCUCCUUUUAAAGCUUGCAGUCGGUUAUUCUAACUCAAUCAGCAUGACAGAGUGAUCUCCAGCCUUGUCCUCGUCAACACUCUCACCUGCGUUAACGAGAGAAUCACUGACAUGAUGUCAGCUGGUCCUUUUGUGGCAGGGCUGAAAUGCAGUGGAAAUGUUUUUUGGGGAUUAUUACAUUUACAUUUUAGUCAUUUAGCAGACGCUCUUAUCCAGAGCGACUUACAGUUAGUGAGUGCAUACAUUAUUUUUUUAUUUGUUAUUUUUUUCAUACUGGCUCCCCGUGGGAAUCUUUUUCAUGGCAAAGAGGGACUUUGCAAUUAAUUGCAAUUCAUCUGAUCACUCUUCAUAACAUUCUGGAGUAUAUGCAAAUUGCCAUCAUUAAAACUGAGGCAGCAGACUUUGUGAAAAUUAAUAUUUGUGUAAUUCUCAAAACUUUUGACCACGACUGUACAGAUCCUUGCGACAUGGGGCUUUGCAUUAUCAUGCUGAAACAUGAGGUAUUGGCGGCAGAUGAAUGGCAUGACAAUGGGCCUCAGGAUCUCAUCACGGUAUCUCUGUGCAUUCAAAUUGUCAUCGAUAGUUGUGUUCAUUGUCCGUAGUUUAUGCCUGCCAAUACCAUAAUCCCACCGCCACCACUCUGUUCACAAAGUUGGCAUCAGUAAACCGCUCACCCAUACGACACCAUACACGUGGUCUGUGGUUGUGAGGCCGGUUGGACGUACUGCCAAGUUCUCUAAAACGACGUUGGAGGUGGCUUAUGGUUGAGAAAUGAACAUUCAAUUCUCUGGCAACAGCUCUGGUGGACAUUCCUGCAGUCAGCAUGCCAAUUACACGGUCCCUCAACUUGAGACAUCUGUGGCAUUGUGUUGUGACAAAACUGCACAUUUUAGUGGCCUUUUAUUGUCCGCAGCACAAGGUGCACCUGUGUAAUGAACUUGCUGUUUAACCAGCUUCUUGAUAUGCCACACCUAUCAAGUGGCAAAGGAGAAAUUCUCACUAACAGGGAUGUAAACAAAUUUGUUCACAACAUUUUUGAGAAAUAAGCUUUUUGUGUGUAUGGAACAUUCCUGGGAUCUUUUAUUUCAGCUCAUGAAACAUGGGAUCAACACUUUACAUGUUGCGUUUCUAUCUUUGUUCAGUGUAAUUUACCGCCUGGUGACAUCACCUGGCAGGCCAAAACUCCAUCCCACCAAAACAGGCUGAAAUGUCAGGCGGUCUCUUCAAACAGCUCAUACACUAAAAGGGCGUUAUCAUCAUUUUCAUAAUUUUACAGUAUUAUUCCAACCUCAUAGUGUGGAAAUGUUUAUAAAGCACAGGAAAAUAACAUUUUUCACUGCGCUGGGCCUUUAACAUUAAAUUUUUCCCAGGAAAAGCUGAUGACUAACAUAUUAAAUCUUACUGUAUUUAGCAGUAAGAUUUAAUAUGUUAGUCAUCAGCUUUUCCUGGGAAAAAUGUAAUGUUAAAGGCCCAGCGCAGUGAAAAAUGUUAUUUUCCUGUGCUUUAAAUACUGUUAAAGCUACGACACACCGGUAGGAUUGUCAAACGUUUGCCUGCCGACAGUACUUGGCACCUCUGAACAGAGUGUCGGCAGUCAAACUCUUUUGUGUUCACACAGCAAGGAUCUUGGAAGUCAUCAGACAUUCAGCCUUGUUGAAAAUACUCCAAACCAGAAGGUGGCAAUAGUGUUGUUUGGCAAUGCAUAUCUGUGCGUAUUGCUUAUGGUCUAGAUUCCAAGCUAUCUGUGCUAAUGUUGCUAUUUUGUAGAAUGUCCUUGAUGACACUAAACAAAUGGCCACAGCUAGAUAACUACCUAGCAAGAUGACGAAGAAACAAUUUAUUUCACUCUCCAUAAUUCUGUACUGCCAGCCCAUAGCCAAAUGUUGACGCAGGCAAUAAGGCAGUGAUCGCUGAGAUCCUGGUUGAAGACAGCGGAGGCGUAUUUAGAGGGUAAGUAAAACCCCACGGAACGCUCUUGCUUCAGCUACGGACCUUUUAAUGUCUCGGUCUCUGUGGAAGCCUUGGAGGAUUUCCUUGAGGAGUUCAUACACUUCUCCGUGAACGAGACAGCAGACUUGUUCUCAUUUACAACUGCGACCUGGCCAAGAUAAAGCAAAGCAGUGCGAUUAAAAACAAAGUCAAAAAAUACAACAGAAAAUAUAUAUACAGUGUGUGCAAAUGUAGCAAGUUAUGGAGGUAAGGCAAUAAAUAGGCUAUAGUGCAAAAUAAUUACAAUUAGUAUUAACACUGGAAUGCUAGAGAUUAUGUGCAAAUAGAGAUACUGGGGUGCAAAAGAGCAAAAUAAAUAACAAUAUAGGGAUGAGGUAGUUGGGUGGGCUAAUUUCAGAUGGGCUGUGUACAGGUGCAGUGAUCGGUAAGGUGCUCUGACAACUGAUGCUUAAAGUUAGUGAGGGAGAUAAGUGUCUCCAGCUUCAGAGAUUUUUGCAAUUCGUUCCAGUCAUUGGCAGCAGAGAACUGGAAGGAAUGGCGGCCAAAGGAGGUGUUGGCUUUGGGGAUGACCAGUGAGAUAUACCUGCUGGAGCGCAGACUACGGGUGGGUGCUGCUAUGGUGACCAAUGAGCUAAGAUAAGGCGGGGAUUUGCCUAGCAGUGAUUUAUAGAUGGUCUGGAGCCAGUGGGUUUGACGAUGAACAUGUAGUGAGGACCAGCCAACAAGAGCGUACAGGUCACAGUGGUGGGUCGUGUAUAGGGCUUUGGAGACAAAACGGAUGGCACUGUGAUAGACUACAUCCAAUUUGCUGAGUAGAGUGUUGGAGGCUAUUUUGUAAAUGACAUCGCCGAAGUCAAGGAUCGGUAGGAUAGUCAGUUUUACGAGGGCAUGUUUGGCAGCAUGAGUGAAGGAGGCUUUGUUGCGAAAUAGGAAGUUGAUUCUAGAUUUAACUUUGGAUUGGAGAUUCUUAAUGUGAGUCUGGAAGGAGAGUUUACAGUCUAACCAGACACCUAGGUAUUUGUAGUUGUCCACAUACUCUAGAUCAGACCCGUCGAGAGUAGUGAUUCUAGUCGGGUGGGCGGGUGCCAGCAGCGUUCGAUUGAAGAGCAUGCAUUUAGUUUUACUAGUGUUUAAGAGCAAUUGGAGGCUACUGAAGGAGUGUUGUAUGGCAUUGAAGCUCGUUUGGAGGUUUGUUAACACAGUGUCCAAUGAAGGGCCAGAUGUAUACAAAAUGGUGUCGUCUGCGUAGAGGUGGAUCUGAGAGUCACCAGCAGCAAGAGCGACAUCAUUGAUAUACACAGAGAAAAGAGUCGGCCCAAGAAUUGAACCCUGUGGCACCCCCAUAGAGACUGCCAUAGGUCCAGACAACAGGCCCUCCGAUUUGACACAUUGAACUCUAUCUGAGAAGUAGUUGGUGAACCAGGCGAGGCAGUCAUUUGAGAAACCAAGGCUAUUUAGUCUGCCAAUAAGAAUGCGGUGGUUGACAGUCGAAAGCCUUGGCCAGGUCGAUGAAGACGGCUGCACAGUACUGUCUAUUAUCGAUCGCGGUUAUAAUAUCGUUUAGGACCUUGAGCGUGGCUGAAGUGCACCCAUGACCAGCUCGGAAACCGGAUUGCAUAGCGGAGAAGGUACGGUGGGAUUCAAAAUGGUCGGUGAUCUGUUUGUUAACUUGGCUUUCAAAUACUUUCGAAAGACAGAGCAGGAUGGAUAUAGGUCUGUAACAGUUUGGAUCUAGAGUGUCACCCCCUUUGAAGAGUGGGACGACCGCGGCAGCUUUUCAAUCUCUGGGGAUAUAAAUAAAUAAUAAUAUGCCAUUUAGCAGACGCUUUUAUCCAAAGCGACUUACAGUCAUGCGUGCAUACAUUUUUUUUGUGUAUGGGUGGUCGCUGGGGAUGGGGAUCUCAGACGUUACGAAAGAGAGGUUGAACAGGCUAGUAAUAGGGGUUGCGACAAUUUUGGCGGCUAUUUUUAGAAAGAAAGGGUCCAGAUUGUCUAGCCCAGCUGAUGUGUAGGGGUCCAGAUUUUGCAGCUCUUUCAGAACAUCAGCUGUCUGAAUUUGUGUGAAGGAGAAGCGGGGGGGGGGGGCAUGGGCAAGUUGCAGCGGAGGGUGCAGAGUUGGUGGCCGGGGUAGUGGUAGCCAGGUGUCAAGCAUGGCCAGCCGUAGCAAAAUGCUUGUUGAAAUUCUCGAUUAUUGUAGAUUUAUCGGUGGUGAUAGUGUUUCCUAGCCUCAGUGCAGUGGGCAGCUGGGAGGAAGUGCUCUUAUUCUCCAUGGACUUUACAGUGUCCCAAAACUUUUUGAAGUUAGGAUGCAAAUUUCUGUUUGAAAAAGUUAGCCUUUGCUUUCCUGACUGCUUGUGUAUAUUGGUUCCUAACUUCCCUGAAAAGUUGCAUAUCGCGGGGGCUAUUUGAUGCUAAUGCAGUACGCCACAGGAUGUUUUUGUGCUGGUCAAGGGCAGUCAAGUGUGAGGAGAACCAGGGGCUAUAUCUGUUCUUAGUAUUUUUUGAAUGGGGCGUGUUUAUUUAAGAUUGAGAGGAUAUUACUUUUAAAGAACAACCAGGCAUCCUCUACUGACGGAAUGAGAUCUAUAUCCAUCCAGGAUACCUGGACCAGGUCAAUUAGGAAGGCCUGCUCGCUAAAGUGUUUAAGGGAGCGUUUGACAGUGAUGAGGGGUAGUCGUUUGACCGCGGACCCGUUACGGACGCAGGCAAUAAGGCAGUGAUCGCUGAGAUCCUGGUUGAAGACAGCGGAGGUGUAUUUAGAGGGUAAGUUAGUCAGGAUGAUAUCUAUGAGGGUACCCAUGUUUACGGAUUUAGGGUUGUACCUGGUAGGUCCGUUGAUAAUUUUUGUGAGAUUGAGGGCAUCUAGUUUGGAUUGUAGGAUGGCCAGGGUGUUAAGCAUAUCCCAAUUUAGGUCACCAAGCAGUACGAACUCUGAGGAUAAAUGGGGGGCAAUCAAUUCACAUAUGGUGUCCAGGGCACAGCUGGGGGCUGAGGGGGGUCUGUAGCAAGCGGCAACAGUGAGAGACUUAUUUCUGUUUGCUGCAGGUACUGCCCAAUAUGUAAGAAACACCAACUGGCCACUAAGAAACUGGACCUGUGGUCACUGCCUGAGGUUCUCAUCAUCCACCUGAAACGCUUCUCCUACACCAAGUACUCCAGGGAGAAGCUGGAUAUCAUUGUUGACUUUCCUCUCAGGUUGGUUACAUCAUGUCUGUCUCUUUUACUGUAAUAUAAAACAUUCUGUACACAUUUACAUUUUUAAGUGGGGAGGAUGUCAGUGUGACUAGUACCCCCCCACACCUCCACUCAAUCCACUACAGAGUUAUUAGUGCAGUUUUCCACAAGUGCUAUCUUAAUCCAACCUGUUUCUCUUUAUUGCAGACACCUCGACUUCUCAGGUUGUCUGCUGAGGAAGACCGGUACAAACGGAGAGCCACCCAGCCGAUAUGAUCUGAUAGCAGUUUCCAACCACUACGGCGGACUCCGAGACGGACAUUGUGAGAUGCUGCUUUUGUAUGUCAUACUUUGUCAUAUGCCUUCAUUUUGUUCAACAUAUGUUUCUGCUCUCUCGACAGACACCAGCUAUGCCCGGAACAAAGACAAUGGACAAUGGUAUUACUUCGAUGACAGCAAGGUGGCAUAUGCAAGGGAGGAACAAAUUGUGGUAAGUUUAGCUACUGGACAGUUUAGAAUUCCUUCUUUGAAAAAUGUUUGUUGCCUUGCAAUGUCAUGAUCUCCCCACCCUUGUCUCUACCCUUCCAGACUAAUGCUGCCUACCUCCUGUUCUACCACCGACAAGACAAGAUUCGUCAGCCCACCUUACCUGCCCCCUCGGACAGCUCCUCCUCUCCCGCCCAGCCUGCUAAUGAUGUCACUUCCCUCAAACACGAUGGGAUGGAGAGAGCCACUUCCUAUGUCAACAUGGAAACAGACUGAAGGAGAUUUUAUUUUAGUAUCUUUUUUUUUCUGAGUUGAUGAGGCUUUUUUUUUUUUUUUUUUUUUUUCUAUUCCAAAAAAACUUGAACCUUCUGCCUCUCCCCUGCUUUGAACAAGGUGUGAGAAGCAGAGGCUAGAUUCUCAGGCUGGUGCAGAAGUGUGAGGAAUGCAAUUUAUGCUUCUUUUA